CUCGUCCAGCACGCGGUUUCGUCCCCCGUCGCCAACUUACGCCAACCCCUCCCUCUUAAUUCCGACCCCCUCGCCCCUCGCACUUCUAGCUGGUGCUUUUUUUUUUCGGUUUGUUUUAUUUCGUUGUCACAGCUAGACGUCGAGAGCCUACAUCAUGACGCUCUUCAUCCUCACGGAGACCAGUGCGGGCUAUGCCCUGCUCAAGGCCAAGGACAAGAAGCUUCUGAAAAGAGACGACCUCACCACUGAGGCUGCUACUGCAGAGGGUGUUUCUAACCUUUUGAAAUUGAAGAGCUUCCAGAAGUUCGACAGCGCCGCGACUGCCCUGGAGGAAGUUGCUGCCCUCGUGGAAGGAAAGGUUACCCCUCGUCUGGCCAGCCUUCUCGACGAAGUGAAGGAUGAGAAGAAGGUCUCUCUGGCUGUUUCCGAUCCCAAGCUCGGAAACGCCAUUGGCAAGCUUCCUGGCCUCUCCAUCGAGCUGGUUGCCGACUCCUCCACCACCGACAUCUACCGUGCCAUCCGUGAACACCUGCCCACUCUCAUCCCCGGUCUUCUUCCCCAGGAUAUGUCCACCAUGGCCCUGGGUCUGUCGCACUCUCUUGCUCGUCACAAGCUCAAGUUCUCCCCUGACAAAAUCGACACCAUGAUCGUGCAGGCUAUCGGUCUGUUGGAUGAUUUGGAUAAGGAACUCAACAACUACGCCAUGCGUGUUAAGGAAUGGUACGGCUGGCACUUCCCCGAGCUGGCCAAGAUCUUGAACGACAACAUCGCCUACGCCAGACUCGUCCUGAAGAUGGGCAUGCGCACUAACUGGGAGACUGCCGAUCUCGCCGAGAUCCUCCCCGAGGAGAUCGAGGGUGCCGUCAAGUCCGCCGCUGACCGGUCCAUGGGUACUGAGAUCAGCCAGGAGGACUUGGAACACAUCCAAGCUCUGGCCGAGCAGGUCGUCGGCUUUGCCGAAUACCGUCAGCAGCUGGCUAGCUACCUCACCGCCCGCAUGAACGCUAUUGCCCCCAACUUGACUGCCCUCGUCGGUGACCUCGUCGGUGCCCGUCUCAUUGCCCACGCUGGUAGCUUGACCAACCUGUCCAAGAGCCCUGCCUCUACCCUCCAGAUUCUGGGUGCCGAGAAGGCCCUGUUCCGUGCUCUGAAGACCAAGCACGAUACUCCUAAGUACGGUCUGAUCUACCACGCCUCUUUGAUCGGCCAGGCCACUGGCAAGAACAAGGGUAAGAUGGCCAGAGUGUUGGCCGCCAAGGCCUCCCUGGGUCUCCGUGUGGAUGCCCUGGCCGAGUGGGAUGACGAUGCCACCGAGGAGGACAAGGCUGCCCUCGGUACCGAGGCCCGCUACAACCUCGAGCGCAAGUUGGCCGCCAUGGAGGGCAAGCCCCUUAAGCCCCGCGGUGUGGCUAUCGCCCCCAACGGCACCGCUCAGCCCCAGAAGUUCGACCUCAACGAGGCCCGGAGAUACAACCCCGAUGCUGACGCUCUGACCGGCGAUGAGCCCCCCGCUUCCGUCAAGAAGAGCAAGAAGGACAAGAAGCUCGUUGAGGAGGUCGAGGACGAGGAGAUGGCCGAUGCCGCUUCCGACGACGAGGGAGACUCCUCCGACGAGGAUUCCGAGGAGGAAUCCUCCAAGAAGAAGAAGAAGAGCAAGGACUCCGAGCUCGAGAAGCUGGCCGAGCAGGCCGGCCUGAGCGUCAAGCGGUACAAGCGCAAGCUCGAACGGGGCGAGAUCCAAUUCGACGCCGAGGGCAAGCCCAGCUCCGUCAGCAAGAAGGACAUCAAGAAGGCCAAGAAGGACGCCAAGAAGGCCUCCAAGGGCGAGGAGAAGAAGCGCAAGCGCUCAGACGACGGCGAGGAGGUCGACACCAGCGACAAGAAGAAGAAGAAGAAGAGCAAGAGCAAGAGCGACGAGUAAAGGGGACGGCGGAAACGACUGAAGCCUCCAAUUCUCUUUUUAUAAAACAGAAAAAAGUUCUUUCUUCACAACCCACCUACCUGAUGGCUACGCUUCGAGAGAUGUUUUCCUGUAUGAUAUCACACACCUCUUUUGUGUCUCUUUUCCUAUUGUCCUUUUGCUAUUUGAGUUGAAGUGUUAUA